GUUCCCAAGGCAACGCAAACAGGAAGUUGAGGAAGCUCAGAGGGGAGCGAAGGAGACAGCUGUGCUAAACAGACACAAGAGGCCGCUCGCUUUUCCGUGUCUCGUCUCCGAGAUGUUAGAGUAACGUCCCCGCCGUGACUCCACGAUGUCUGCGUCAACGAGGGCCAGUUCAGCGCCGAGUUUGUCGAGGCCGGAGCGGACACCGGACACCGCAGUGGCAGAGCUGAAUUUUCAGGUCCCGGUGGAGAGCACCAAGACGCAGCCUGCUGUCGUCCCACGCGAACUUCUGCUCAGUCUAACCUCCACUGUGUGCAAGAGGAGAACACACGACCGACACUGCGAGAGCUGUGGAAUCAGACGCCCUGAUGCAGUCUGGCAUCAUCCACUCGGACGCAAGAAAUACAAACACUUUCUGGAGCAGCCAACAUCCCUGACAGGAGCUGGCAGGGAUAUUUCUUUCCUGUGUGACGCCAUGGAAACCAAAAAGAAGACAACACUCCUCCCACCAGUUAGUGAAAAGCAGGUCGUUGGUGGCGUGCAGAACUUGUGCAUCUCCGACAGUUUUAUCCCGGAAGAAUUUCACAUAGUGAAAAAUAAAGGAAUACGGAGCCUCGAGUUUUACGAGGAUGCAUUCACAGUGCAGCUGAGGGAUGAAGAGCAGAGGCUGCGGGUCCUCCCUUCACUGAGGCCCAGUGGCAGGCUGGAAGCGGUCCAGCUGAUGGGGAUGAUGGAUGACAUGCUGGAGAAGGCUGGAGUGGAUGAGCAGAGCGAGGAGCUGACUGAGCUUUCACAACUUGAGGGUCUGCUUGAGCUCGUGAAGGUUGAGCAAAACAUCUACAACAUUGUCUUCCAUGAACUGAUCAGGCAGGUGAGCGUGGGCUGUGCCGAGAGAGGACGACUGCUUGCCAAACUCAGACAGCGCUACCAGUCGCUGCUGGAUCGAAUCCCGCGACGCCUGAAGGCUUUACACACUGAGGUGGUGGCCCAGCGGGCUCUGGAUCGUCGGCUCACAGAGGAGAUCCACCACAUCAAGUUAUCCAUUCAGCAGCUUAGCAUGGAACUUUCUAAAAUCCGAGACCACGAUGCUUUUGUUUCCCACCAGGCGGAGCACGCUCACUGGCAGCUAGCGGAGGCACUCAAACAGACUCACACCGACUCGAAUGUGGUCCAGGCUUACCAUGAGCUGUAUGAGCUUCAGAGAGCUCGCCUGGAGGCUCAGCUGAUCCACAUGACUGAAGACAGAGACUGCUGGAGCCAGUUUACCCUCUGCCUCGCCCUCAAGGUGAUCAGUGUGAAGAAGCUGCAUCUGGUUAGUCAGCUGCACAUCAGUGAGCAAAGCUGGUUCAAGACCGCAGAGCGCUGCAUCCUGUUUCUCACAUCAAAGGACACAGAGUGCAUUAACAUUAUCAUGGAGAGCACAGACUACUGGAGGAAGCAGCUGGCUGCUUUCAUGUCGCAGCUGAGGCAGACCGAACAUGCCCACUGUGCACAGAUCAGUGCCAUCCAGCAAGGCAUCAACAAGUGGCUUUCCUUCUGCUCCUCAAAUAAUAAGCGUCCUGAACCCAAAUAUGAUAAAACAUCAGUGGAAGAGAUUCAUGCCGAUUUGCAGCAGUGGUCAAAUAUGUUGGCACUGCUGUGUGACCACUACCAAGGCGAGAAACAGCUGAACUGCCAGCAGACACUUGGUGAACUUGGUGAUAUCCAGGAUAGAUGGCUGAAUAUGAGCCUGCAGCUGUUUAGGAGACACGCUUCAGCUGACGGGGGACCUCCUGAAGGCCAGCACGCCCAGAGAGAACUGGACAAAGAGCUGUGUGAGCUCCUCAGAGAGCUGGACGUUAAAGCGGAUGGAGAAAAUGGUCUCCAUGGAAAUGUGAUGUCACUGCACGGUCUGAUGGAGUCCUGGGGAUCCAAACUUGCCGCGGUGAUUGAAGAUCCCGAAAAGAUGCCCGUCUCUGAUUGGUUAGAGCUGGAGAGAGCGCUGCACAAUUGGAAGAGUUUGGCUGACGAAGCUUUUCGGCACUUCUCCAACAAAACGGGCAACAAUAAACCGGAUACUUCCACAGAGGCAGAAAAGCUGUUUGACAAAAUACAGGCGUUUGUAACCAACCUGUCUGACUUCACUGAGGGUGAGAACUUUAGGCUCCAUGAAGAGAUCAGAUCUGUUCACGUGGCUCAGACUCGGUGGAUGUUAGAGCUCUUACUCCUCGUGGUUCCCAACCACAGCAAGGAGGAAAACCAAGAAGAAGAACCCCACCGGUACAUUCCAGAAAUUUCACAGGAAACUCUGGAUGAGGAUGCCAAGAUGCUGGCUGGGAAGCUGGAUUACUUGUCCAGCUACAUCACCAGUUCGUGCACCCUGGUCCUGGAGGAGCAGGUUCACCUGAACACGCUGUCAGCUCAGGCUCAAAAUGAGAUGAACGAGUUCAAAAAGCUACAGAGGGAGUGUGGUGAUUGGGUGGAGACCUGCAGGAUACUGCUCUCAGGUGUUAAAGGUGCUGUGGAGCUGCCCGUCACGCCGCCUGCACCUGUUUCCAGCAGUGACGUCUUGGACUGUCCAGCAGACGGUUUGGAGGCUGUGGGGGAGCAAACAGUUUGUGAGAGCCCUGUGCUGAAUCUGAUCAGUUAUGAUGGAAACAUUGCACAAAGGAAGCUUGGAGCGUGCAGUGUCCAGCUAGAGAGGACGGGUGAGCUGGUCGUGUCUCCAGUGACAGAAGAUAACCAGAAAGCUUUCAGGGAUCUGACCACAGUAGGAUUACUGCAGCAAGAACUCCACGAUUCGGAGGUGCGAGUGCAGAUUGCGGAGGAGCGAGCCCUCAAAGCUGAGGAGGCUCUCCAGGAAGCACUGAAGAAGAUUAAAGACCUGGAGAGACAACUGCAGGGUCGCCCCAGUGUGGAGCCCCACAGUACUGAAGAAAAAAACAAAACGCCGCUGUCUUCACCGCAACCAGAAACGACAUCAACUCCUCCGAAGAAAACACCGACCGCAGCCAAACCAACGAGCAGCAGCAGAAAGACCAAGAAAUGCUGAUCGGACCAUCAGACGUGUCUGUAUAUUUAUUUUAACCAGUGUUAAAUACUUUUUUGGUUUACAUGUGAACAGGGGGAAAGUUUAACAGACACAUAAAAACAUCACUGACCAUCAA